GGGAGGGGCGGUGAGAGGCGCGAAUCCAAAAGGCGCGGGGCGCGGGCGGCGCGGGAGUCCCAGCGAGGAGGCCUGCCGGGGUCCAGAGAAUCGCCCACCGCUGUCUCUUGCCCAGGCCGGGAAAAAGGCAGAACCUGAGCCUACUUGAACACAAGGGCUUGGCGGAGGAAUUUUUCAAAGGCCCAAAGGCCAGCCGUUGAAGCACUGGUGGUCAGCCCGGGAGGCCCCGAGUGAGAUUUGGGGACCGGCUCCACCUCAGGCCAUGCCAAGCCAGGGUCUACCCCUCCGAGUGGCCACCCUGCUGACCGGGCUGCUGGAAUGCCUUGGCUUUGCUGGAGUCCUCUUUGGUUGGGCAUCGCUAGUGUUCGUCUUCAAAACAGAGCAUUACUUUGAGGAGCUGUGUGAACCAGAUGGCGCGCUGAUGGGCAAUCUUACGGGGCAGGCUGACUGCAAAGCCCAGGAUGAGAAGUUCUCACUCAUCUUCACCCUGGGAUCCUUCAUGAACAACUUCAUGACAUUCCCCGCCGGCUUCAUCUUUGACAGGUUCAAGACCACCGUGGCUCGUCUCAUAGCCAUAUUUCUCUACACCAGCGCCACACUCAUCAUAGCCUUCACCUCUGCAGGCUCAGCCCUGCUGCUUUUCCUGGCCAUGCCCAUGCUCACCGUGGGAGGGAUCCUGUUUCUGAUCACCAACCUGCAGGUUGGGAACCUCUUUGGCAAACACCGCUCAACCAUCAUCACCCUCUACAACGGGGCGUUUGACUCCUCCUCGGCAGUCUUCCUUGUCAUCAAGCUGCUUUAUGAGCAGGGGAUCAGCCUCAGGGCCUCCUUCAUCUUCCUCUCUGUCUGCAGUGCCUGGCAUGUUGUGCGUACUUUCCUCCUGAUGCCCCGAGGCCACAUCCCCUACCCACUGCCCCCCAACUACCGCUACGGCCUGUGCUCCGGGAAUGACACCACCGAGGGGGAGAAGAACGCAGCUGAGUCCGACAAGGUAGAAAUGCAGUCGAAUGAGUUCCUUCCAGCAAAGGAAGAGACACUAGAACCUGGCAAGCAGCCGGAGUCCCGCUCUUUCUGGCACCACGCACUCUCUCAGCGCUUUGUCUGCCACCUGGUGUGGCUGUCCGUGAUACAGCUGUGGCAUUACCUCUUCAUCGGCACCCUCAACUCGCUGCUCACCAACCUGGCGGGAGGCAACAGAGUGCUAGUCAGCACCUACACAAAUGCCUUCGCCAUCACUCAGUUCUUUGGGGUGCUGUGUGCCCCCUGGAACGGCCUGCUCAUGGACCAGCUCAAGCAGAAGUACCAGAAGGAAGCAAAAGACAAAGGGUCCUCGGCCAUGACAGUGGCCCUGCGCUCCGCGGUGCCUUCUCUGGCCCUGACAUCUCUCCUGUGCCUGGGCUUCGCCGUCUGUGCCUCGGUGCCCAUCUUGCCUCUCCAGUAUGUCACCUUUAUCCUGCAAGUGAUCAGCCGCUCCUUCCUGUACGGGGGCAACGCCGCCUUCCUCACCCUCGCUUUCCCUUCAGAGCACUUUGGGAAGCUCUUUGGGCUGGUGAUGGCCUUGUCAGCCAUUGUGUCUCUGCUCCAGUUCCCUAUCUUCACCUUCAUCAAAGGCCCCCUCCAGAAUGACCCGCUCUACGUGAAUGUGAUGCUGGUGCUUGCUACUGUGUUGACGUUCAUCCACCCCUUCUUGGUGUACUGGGAGUGUCGGCGGGAAAAGAGCUCUCUUGCAGCCGCCUAGCUUGGAAGCUGUCGCUCUUCAGCCCUGACAAUGCUCUGUUAAUCUUUCCCCACCUUUGAGGACCCUGUGUCCAGGAGCACUUGACCUGCCCAGGCUACUUAUAUUAAUUAGCCAUUACUUUUUUUUUUUUUUAAAGACAUAUUUAGCUGCUAGCAGACAUUGGGAUUUGUAGACUGUCCAUUGUCACACUGAUUGCUGUCCUAUAGGUCUAGAGCCAAGGCCCAUGGUGGCCCUUGGUUUUGGAGCAGGAAGCGCAUGACUUGGGUAGACACUUGGUCUGGGAGGGGUGAAGGGAUGAGGGAGGAAGGGUGUGACCUGCUUCUUUGGACCUCUUUGGCUGUGAAGCCUGUGUGUGCCGAGACCUUCACGCCAGGUAAGCCUCCGGGUGGAGAGUGAGCUGGUCGUGGCCUUGGCCGUCACGCCUGGCACUUAGAGGUGGGUCCCUCUGUGUUUGGGCAUCAUAUAAAGCAUUUCUCUGGGGAGUAAUCUUAUAGAGAAAUAAAACCUCUCUGCCGAAGGCAA